GAUUGCAACUUAUAAUUGGUUUUUGACCAGAGAGCGAAACAAUGAGGUUUAAAUUGGAACAUUAUGAUAGUUAUUGGGCAUUAACGUAAUUAUGAAAACAUAGAGGAGUAAUAUGACAGGGAGCCUCUUUGUAGCAAAUAAGACAUUGAGGAAUACACAGCAAGUGACGUGAGGUGCAAGUAGCAUGAAAAGUGUGAUUUACAUACUAUUUUGUAUAUAAAUCUCCUCUUCUUUUGGAUAGCAUUUUCAAAAAUACAAUACACUUCUUGACCUUGGUAACAAUCUACAUCCCCAGGAGCUUGUAAAGCUUGAGAUUGCAGAUACGAGAUGCCAUAACUCUCUUCUAUGUAUAUUUUCAUAUCUACACUAAUAUGGUUUGGGAUGUUUAGAGGUAGUAUACUAUAUGAUCAGUUUGCCACUUCCCUUUAUACAAUAGCAUUUUCUAAUCAGAUAACUUAACAACAUUACUCUACUUCAAUGAUGGUACACUUUAUCCUAGACACAAAUCAAUGAAAAUUAGGAUUGACUAAUGACGACUAGGUUACCUCGUGAUGCCAGUGAUUUUAUAUGUAAAUGUUUUUUUUUCUUUUGUCUACACACCACAUUCAUUAUAAGGCUUUUUAUUCUACUUUUGAAAGAAAAUUUUGUAUAGUGAUCAUAAUUUAAUAGAAACUGUACAUGAGGCUUGAACUAUGCAUGUGAUGUGACUAUGCAUGAGCUAUGCUGCACCAGAGAACUCAUUCAAACGAUAAUUCAAACAAAAACAUAAUUUGACUUAAAAGCCAACUAAGUCAAGUACAUGCAAGUGAUAUGUUCACUGCAGGCUCUGGAUGUGUCUUGGAAUUUUCCAGUUUUCAUGUAUAAAUGGUUUUCACUUCUGACAGGUGCCAAAGAGUUUCACUCGUUCUCAUUUUAUAGUUUUUUAAUUGUUUCUGUAAUUUAUUUUUCAAACAUAUAUAUAUAUAUAUAUCCGUUGUAGAAAUUAAGUGUACUUUCAGAAAAAAAUUAUACAUGGUAAUUUAUUAAAAAGAUAGCUUUGAAUUUAUGAAGGGCUUUGGAGGAGGAAGCAAUAGAGUAUGGAGCCUACCUUAUAAUGUUUGCUAAGACAUGUGAACAUUCGAAGCUUGGAACCAUAUGAUGUAAGACAUAAAUGUCAAAACGUGAGGAAAGAUAAAUUCAUACAUACACGUACAAAAAAACUCAUUUAGACAAUAAUGUGGGGGAAUAAUAGACAUAUUAUGUGACAUUAAUAUAUGUCCACUUCAACAUGUGCUUUGUAUUAUUCGGCCAAACAUUCUCUUUGCUGCUAUAUAUCGUCGACCCUUAUUAGCUCCUCUUGUUUGUUUGUUUUUUGGUAAAUCAUUAGCUCCUCUUGUUGAGCAUUUUUUUUGUUCGUAUCUAGAGCUAGUUAUACAUUUUUCAUUAUAACAUAGAUUAUUGAUUUUAGCACUUGGUAAUUAUGUUGUAAUAUGAAAAAACCGUUAUAUAAACGAAUUUAUAACAACAAAUUAUACUCUCUUAUAAAAUUUUAAAUGAAAUUGUUCUAUUUGCAAUAUGCUAAAUUUUUGUAAAUUAAUUUUUAAUAGUUUGCAUAAAUGAUAAUAAAUCAGAUUUCCUACAAUGAUGAAGAACGUUAAUAGAUUAUAGUCAAACUUGAGGUUAAUUAAAUGUACUUUCAUGACUAAAUCAAUUUUUUGUAAAUUAAUUUUCAAUAAUUUUCACAAAUGAUAAGAACUAUAAUGAUGAAGAGCUUUAAUAAUUUUUUAGUUAAACUUGAGGCUAAUUAAGUAGACUUUUAUGACUAAAUCACUGAUUUAAAAAUGUCAGGUAUGUUUUCUGUAUAUAAGAGGUUUAUAAUAUUGCAUUGCUAUGAUUACUCUCAUUUUAUUCUUAAAGCCAUAUUAAAUACGUGUAUAUUUUUUGUCUUUUAGUGUUAAACAUAGAUAAUAUGGAAAAAAAUUCAAGGAAAAAGCCAUUCUCAAAAAAAUUGAAUGUUCAUCAUUCCAACUUUGUUCAAUAAAAACUCUUAACAGUUCCCAAGGUGUGUAAAGUGAACAUGAUGACAUAACAUACCACAUAGUCACAUACCACAUUAUUAAUUGGGACAUUAGUAUUCUCUUGCUCACUUAGUAAUUGGAAAUAAAAGUCAUUUAUAUGUAAAAGAGUUUAUAUAUCGUUAUCAUAAUUCACUACAUGCUCUAGUUUUGGGUUUUGAAACAAAGGAAAGCUUGUCGUGAUCUGAUUUUACUAGAAGAUCAGCAUGGUCGACCGAUUUGAUAUUAGAGAAGCAUGCAUGUUAUCAGGCCCGGCUCAAAGUGUUGGUAGACCCUGUGCUAUUUUUUUUUUGUCAACAGACCCUGUGCUAUAUAUAAAAUGAUUCAUAGAUCCGUAAAAUUUGUGCUUAAAAUAAUGUUAAAAAUCAGGAAAACAAUGACGUGUAAAAAAAUUGUGAGUAUUAAAUAGCUUAAAGUCACGUGUUUGUGGUUUCUCUUUUCAUCCCAAAGCCACACAUAUUUUUUUCUUUACUUCACCUUCUUUUCUGUAUAUUUGUUGAAUAAUAACAGUUUCAGAAAAAAAUUGGACCCUAAAUUUUAAAGAAAUUGUGAUAAAAAAAUAGGGCCCUGUGCUACUGCACCUCUGGCACACCCUCAAAGCCGGCACUGCAUGUUAUGAUUGUUAAUUUGUUACUUAUCAAUAUGACGUGUCAGGAAAAUUAUUUAUCCUACAUUUAAUUAAUAUGAUGAUUAAUAAAUUAAAAAAAAAAAAUAUUGGUUAACUUAAAAUAUCUAAGGAAAAUGGUUAUGUGUAGGUGGCCAAAAAACCCAAAUAUAAUUAACUGCUGCUGGUUUAAUCGAUGAAUAAAGUUCAUUUAUUCUUUGUCAAUAUGGUUUAGUAGAAUCGAACCGAUAAAUUAAAAGCAGAGAUUAUUCGGUUUAGCUCACACAUACACUUUCUCUAAUAAUUAAAAAAAGGAAAAAUUUAAUCUGAACGUGUAUAAUUACGCUCUCUCUCUGUCAAAAGUUGUAAGAGAAGAAGAAGAAAAGACACACAGUCGUUGAUGCUGCUCGUCUUCUUCGUUCAACUAAUAAAAGAAACUUCGCCAUUUGUGUUGCUUCCGUUUCUCUCUUUCUCAAGUUUGGAGCUUUGGCUGAGAUUUGGCUUGUAUGGUCUGUUCGGUUCUCGUCCGAUUUUUUUUGCUAUUUUAGGAAACUCUUCCGUGGGUUUGAAGAAAGGGUAAAGCCAUGGAGGAGAUUAAGGAGGAAAACGUGGUGAACGAGUUUAGGGUGAGGGGUGAGUGUCUGCAUAGCGCGUUGGACAAGGUUAACGCUCAUGCUUCCGACGUGCUUCUCUUCAGUGUUCAGUGGAAAGACUUGAAUGAGUAUCUGGAAUCAGUCAAAGGUAAAUUAAAGGAGAGGUUCAGGGAGUUAGAGUCCAAGGAGGUUGAGUUGAAAGGUCAAAGCUUUGCACUUGAAGAGAGGGCUAAAGUGGUUGAAGAAGCUGAAGCUAAGGUUGCUGAUUUGGAGAUGAAAUCUGAUGGGAUUCGGAUGGAUGUUGAGGCAAUGAAGAAAGAGCUUAACUUUUUUACUAAACAGGUUGAAGUUUCUGUAGGCGAGUCUAACGCGGAGGAAGCGAGACUGUCUCAGCUUAGGAGAUUGGUGGAAGAGUGUGAGGAAGAGAGAAUGUUGAAGGAGAGUCAGCUUGGUUUGAAAGGUGAAGAGCUAGCAAAGUUGGAGACUGAUAUUGAGAGGUGUUGUGCUGAGGUCAGCGCAGAGAUGGAGAGAUUGCGUGGAGCUCAAAUUCACAGGAGACAGUUAGAUGAGGAAGUUGAGAGGAAGACGAAAGAUCUCGCAUUGGUUCAGAGCAAGCUUGAGGAAUGUGAGAAGAUGUUUGAGACAAGGUCCUCAGAGCUGGUUGAGACUCAGGAUGAGCUUGAAUGUAAGCGAGAAGAUUUAGGACAGUUGGAAGCUGAGCUUGAAAGGCAUCGCGUUAAGGUCAUCACAGAGAAGGAUCAUUGGGAGAGGACGCGAGAUCACGGUAGAGAACUGGAAGAGGAGAUAUCAAGAAAGAAGAAAGAGCUUGAAUCGGUGAUAGAACAACUAGAUUCCAAACAGAAGCUGCUUGAGACACAGUCAUCUGAACUUGUCUCUAAGGAGAAAGAGUUUGAAGCUCUUAGUCUGGACAUUGGAUUGAGUGAGCAGAAGGUCAUGUCCCUAAAUAACGACAUGAAGGAGAUUUGCCAACGAGUGGAAUCAAAAGGCAAGGAGCUGGAGAAGGUUCAAAGGCUAAUUAAGGAAAGGAGUGUGCAUUGUGAGUCACUCAAGCUGUUGAUUGAGGAACGCAGUGAAGAACUUGAUUCUAAAGUGAAGCAACAUGAUGAGAUAACAGAUGAUAUUCGGAAGUUAUCCUUGGAGAUUGUCUUUAAAGAGAAGACACUGAAAAGAGCUGAAGUUUUUAUCCAGCAGCUCUCUGAGAAACAAGAUUCGGCAGAGGAAAAACUGGAUUCGACUAGAAGAGAUCUGGCAAGUUGCAUUGACGAACAUGAGUCAAUGGAGAGAGACCUUAUCUCUGUGAAGGAUAUAUAUAGAGAGUGCCUCGAAGAUCUGGAGAUCAAGGAGAAGGAGUUGAAGUGUGUAGAAUCAAUACUCACUGAGAGAAAUAAACAAGUUGAGGAACGAGAGAAGAUGAUGCAACAUUUGAAUAGCUCCAUUGAGAAACUUAUGGGACAGCUCAAGUUGAAACAAGAAGAGGUUUGUUCAAUCAAAAAGACCAUCAAGGAAUGCUCCCGUGAGUUGAAGGCUAAGAGGAAACACCGUGAUAAGGUUCAAAGCACACUUACUGAUCUUAUUGCUGAGCUCAAGUCAACAGAAAGCCAACUUAGCUCUGUCAAACAAAAGAUUCAAGACAGCUUGAAAGACUUUCAAGGGCUUGAACUGAAAGAGAAAGAGCUUAGUGCUCGGGAGGCAAGGAUUGAUCACAAGGCUCAGCAACUGAUAUCAACAGAACAGAAGUUGCCAAAAUCCUCUAAGAAAACUGAGCUGAAAGCAAAGAAACAAGGCAACACGGUUCAACAAGCUGACCUUGUACGAGACGCUAACGUACGCGACGAGAAAACUUUGCAGUUACUCUUACGUGGGCAUCUGAAGAAACGUGAUCAGCUUCAUCUCGACGUCUUGUCUUCUAUUAAAAGAUCUUCUGACCCGGCAAAGCUUGUGUUAGAGACAGUAAAUGGGCUCUACGCAGCUCACCAAAGGACAGAAGCUACAAAUCUUGAUCCAAAGAGUGUUCAAAGGAGUAGCAUCUGCUUGCUAGAAUGCUUGAUGGAUAUGUCACCAAACCCCACAGCUGAAGUACAAGGAGAAGCUUUCAAGUUUGCCACUGAAUGGAAGAACAUAACUCUGGUUGAGGCAGAGAAUCCAGUGGAGGUGUUGGAGUUUCUAAACUUUCUUGCUGCAUUCAGUUUCGCAUAUGCUUUUGAUGCUGACCAAGUCCAAAGUCUUUUUGAUGUUGACUUCCUUUGCAAAUAUGGUCUCAGUCUAUGCAAAGCUCUUGGAGUAUCAGCUCUAGCACCUGUCAACAAUAAUGUGCUAUCAUUGGAAGAUAAGCCUGAGCAGCAGCCCCGUGAAGCACCAGUCAUCAAUAGUAGUGAUCCAUGCUCCUUGGAUGUCCAACAAAGCAUAGCUUCACCUCAUUUGCCUGAUGAAGAUUCUCUUAGGGACAUUGAGGACUCAACUUCUUUUUCACCGAAUGAAGUCUCAACUAAACUUCGAAUGCUUAAAUAUCCAGGCAGGUUUGUUCUAACUUGUCUCGAUGAUGCACUCAUUGGCGCUCGUAGGAGAGGGGAAUUGAGUUUAGCAGAGCCUAUAGUCAAGACUUUUAUUCCCCUUUUGGAGGAGCUGGCACGUGGUGUAGUCUCUACUGAUCCUGGUCUACACUCUUAUGCAACCAAAGUGGCACGUGAAUGGGUGAGUAUGAUGGGAGCUAGUGUUGAAAAGUCAGAGCUUGAGGUUUGGGCUUUUCUGCAAUUCAUUGUGGCGUUUGGAUUGCGGAUUCAACCAGAUCAGAAUUUACAACUCGCCUCGCGUGUUACUCACUUCAAACAGGCUCCAAGACUCUUCCAAUCUCUUGGUCUCAGUGAUGCCAUCCCAAAUUUUGUCACACAGCUCCUUGACAAAGCCAUCUAUAUUCCGGCAAUCCGGUUUAUGCUUUACUUCAACGUGACAAACAACUUUUCUCCACUGGAGUUCUUGAAGGAACAGAUCAUCAGUCUCAGACGCUCAGCCAAGGAAAAGAGAACAACACAUGAAUCACAGGCUGACGCUGCUACAAUGAGGGACAUAAUGGAACUCAUUGAAGACUUCCAGCUGGAAAUUGACAUUCCUGUGGCUCUUAUCCUCAGAUUCAUGGUUCCUCGGGACAUUCAAAACCUUCCAGUUCAAUCAACCCAUGCGCAGGCUUCAGACACAGCCUUUCAAAGCUCAUUCAUUGCCACUGAUGGCUCAAACCCUAGCCUUCCAACAAGCUUUGAUGCUGCACCAGAUCAACCUGUUAACGUAGAAACGUAUGAAGCUGGUGGUUCAACUGAGUUCCAAGGUCAAUCUUCACAUCAAGCUGGUUCUAAACGUCCAAGGGUGGUGGAGGAUCCUGAGGGUUCUAGACUGGUGAUUAGACCCUGCAUCAAUCGACCACCAGGCUUUGGCAAAUUCUAGUGCUCUAUGUCUCAAGUUUAAGGCUAUAACUAGCUAAGUAGUAGGAAGUAACUAACUAGAAACAUCUUUUGUUUCUUUGGGUUUGAUAAAGUCUCAGCUAUUGUGGUUUAGUAAGCUCCAUGGUUUCUCACUUAAUGGAUUUUGUUAUGGAAUUUUGGAGGCUGUUAUGAUCUUGAAUUUUAAUUAUUAAUGCAACAAAAGCUCUUUCGAAAA